AUGGCGCUCUCUGCACGAAUGUUCCAUAUCCCCGGCAUCAUAUUCCUCUUCGUCGCCUUCGUCCUCCUCUUCCUCGUCUCCGUCUCCCUCCCCUUCAUCAACGCCCUCGACUUUGUUCGGUCCAUAUCACCGACGGCAGCCCUGUUGGCCGGCUGCUGGUAUGAGAACACCGGCAACGCCGUCUGCAGCUCCGCCAGCAACGCAUACAACACCGUCAUCUUCGCCAACAACAACAAGAAGGACUUCAUCACUAUUGCCCCGUCCUGGACGCGGGGCUCGCCAUCCACCCCGUCGGUGCCGACGGGCGUGACCUUCAUCGCGUUCCUGCUCUCGCUCUCCGCGCACGUCAAGAUGACGCUCCUCGCGUCUCUCACCUCCUUCCUCGCCGCGACGCUCACGCUCAUCGCCUUCGCGGUCGACAUCGCCUCUUCGUGUUCGUCAAGCACGAGAUGGGCAAGCUCGACGGGUCGCAGCCAACACCGACACCGCGGCCGGGUUCUGGCUCACGUUCGUCGCCUUCCUCCUGCUCUGCUUCGCGGCUGCACCGUCUGCUUCGGCCGGCGCCGCGGCCGCGACGACGGCGCGACGACGUACUCGUGGAAGGACCGCUUCCGGCCCAAGUUCGCCAGCUGA